AUGACCAGUGACCCCUGCGUGACCCCUGACCCCGGGGUGACCCCGGCGGGUGGGGGAGGGGCGCGGUACCGGCUGGGCGUGGCCACGGGCCCGCAGUGGGGGAUGGGCACCCUGGGCAGCGUCAGCGUCACCCUGGAGGGGACAGCGGGGGUGGCACCCGGGUGGCACCUGGGGUGGCCCCGGCACCGCCUGCGCCCCGGCAGCACCCUGUGGCUGGAGGUGACGUCCCCGCGGCCCCUGGGGACGCUCCUGUCCCUGCGGCUGCACAAGGAGCCGCUGCUGUCCCUCGUCCCCGACCGCUGGUUCUGCGCCGGCGUCACCGUCACCGGCCCGCUCCCGCCGCGCCCCGGCGACACCGAGGGCGACGUCAGGGACGUCACCGAGGACCUCGGGGACAGCGACGGGGACGGCGACGGGGACGUCCCCACGGCCGUCUUCCCGUGCCACCGCUGGCUGGAGAGCGGCGACCUGGAGCUGCGCGAGGGGACGGCCCGGACCCCCCGUGACGCCGCUCGGGUGCCGCAGCUGCUGCAGCAGCGCCGGGAGGAGCGGAGAGAGCGCCGGGAGAUCUUCGAGUGCGAACUGGGGUGGGCUCCCUACGCCCCGGGCUGGCCGUGGUGCCUCCGGGCGCUGCCCCCGGCCCUGUGUCCGUGGCCGCCCCCGCCGGCCACGCCCCCUCCGGCCACGCCCCCACCGGCAUCCCCGACGGCAACGUCGCAGGAAACGGUGACGUCACAGGAAACGACGACGUCACAGGAAGCGAUGACGUCACAGGAAGUGGCGACGUCACAGGAAGCGACGACGUCACCGGGGCCGCCCCCCCAGCUGUCGCCCACCCUGAGCUUCCCCCUGGGCCACCGCGUCCAGCUGGCCGCGCGCGCCGCCGCCGCGCAGAUCCGGAUCCGGCUCCGGGGGCUCCGUUCCGGCUCUUCCUGGCGCAGCUUUGAGGACGUUCGGGCGGCGCUCGAGGGGCCCGGGACCCCCAUCAGCGAGUACGUGCUGCGGCACUGGCAGGAGGACGCGUUUUUCGGGGAGCAGUUCCUGAGCGGGGUGAACCCCGUCCUGCUGCGCCGCUGCCGCCGCCUGCCCCCCAACUUCCCCGUCAGCGAGGCCAUGGUGGCCCCGAGCCUCGGCCCCGGCACCUCCCUGCGCCGCGAGAUGGAGGGCGGGCGCCUCUUCCUGGCCGAUUACGCGCUGCUCGAGGGGCUCCCCACGGGGGACAUCGGGGGACACCCCCAGUUCCUGGCCGCCCCCCUGUGCCUGCUCUGGCUCAGCCCCCGCGGCCGCCUGCUGCCCGUGGCCAUCCAGCUGUCCCAGCACCCCGGGCCGGGGUCCCCGAUUUUCCUCCCGGGGGGCCAGGGCUGGGCUCUGGCCAAGCUCUGGGUUCGGGGCGCUCACUUUGUCCUGCACGAGAUGGUCACUCACCUGCUGCACGGCCACUUCCUGGCCGAGGCCUUCGCCGUGGCCACCCAGCGCCUGCCCGUGGCCCACCCCGUGCACCAGCUCCUCCUCCCCCACCUGCGUUUCACCUUCCACAUCAACAUCCUGGCGCGGGAGACGCUGCUGAACCCCGGCGGCAUCAUCGACCAGGCCACCGCAGUGGGCCGGGAGGGGACGCUGGCGCUGGUGGCCCGCGGCACGGCGGCGCUGACGUUCCGCGAGCUCUGCGUCCCCGACGACGUGGCCGAGCGCGGCGUUGGGGACAUCCCCGGCUACCACUACAGGGACGACGCGCUGGACAUCUGGGGCGCCAUCGAGAGCUACGUGGAGGGGAUCGUGGCGCUUUUCUACGCCGAGGACAGCGAGGUGGCCGAGGACGAGGAGCUGCAGGAGUGGGUGGGCGAGAUCUUCACCUACGGCGUCCUGGGCAACGAGAAGAGCGGGUUCCCGUCCAAGCUCUGCGGCCGCGCCGAGCUCGUCAAGUUCCUGACCAUGAUCAUCUUCUGCUGCUCCGCCCGGCACGCCGCCGUCAACAGCGGCCAGUACGACUACGCGGCCUGGAUGCCCAACACGCCGGGCACGCUGCAGCGGCCGCCGCCGGCCAGCGACGACGAGGCCACCGAGGAGCUGCUGCUGGCCACCCUGCCGGGCCCCGAGGCCACCGGGGCCCUGCUGGCCCUGCUCAGCGUGGUCAGCUACGAGGGGGGCGAGCCGCCUCGAUGUCCCCAGCGCCCCCUGGGCUCGCGCACUCAGGACCUGCUGGCCGGGCGGGCGCCGCGGCAGCUGCUGGCCGCGUUCCGGGCGCGCCUGGCCGCCAUCACCGAGCGCGUCCGCGCCCGCAACGCCGCGCUGGCCCUGCCCUACCCCUACCUGGAGCCCACCUGCGUGCAGGAGAGCAUCUCCAUCUGA